UACAAUGUUCCUCGGUGUAUUCUUUACGCUUUUUUGCGCGCCUCUCCUAUUUGCAGUUCGCUCAAAAACAGAUGCCAUCUGCAACCCAGUAGAAUUCAMGUCUCACCAGUACGCAGUCAACAAGGUACUUGUAAAUCACGUGAUCAGAUCCAUAACAACCGAUGGGGACACAGCUUGCAAGAUAACAUGUCACCUGAACCCCGAUUGCAUUUCGUACAAUAUUGGACCGACCUCAUUAGGGCUGUACMURUGUCAACUGAACAACGCUGAUCAUCGUCAGUAUCCRUUGGAUUUCAAAAACAGGGCUGGACAUAGCUAUAGGAAGAUUAAGAGCAAAUCUUGUGACAGCAACCCUUGCUUUGGUAAUGCAACAUGCCAGGAGAAGAACCAAGGUGAAAGCUUCACAUGUCUGUGCCCAAGGAAUUAUACUGGCCAGAAGUGCGAGAUACUUUUGAAUGCUGACUGUCGAGAGAUGCUUUUUUCAUCACACGAAGAAACCAAUAAAAGUCUCAUAAAUCACGUGGUAGCAAACAUGACGGUGGAGAGUGCUUCCCUUUGUAGAAUUCAGUGCUAUYGUAACCACGACUGCAUCUCAUACAACAUUGGUCYUUCACAUACACAAGGCAUGAUUCUGUGUCAGCUGAACAGCGCAGAUCGACAUCAAUACCCGCUGGAUUUCAUCGAGAAGGAGGAGUAUACUUAUAUAGAGGCGAAGAAUUUCUGCAAGAACGAUUCUUGUAUMCAGAAUGCAACUUGCCAGAGCGGCUUUGGUCCAGAACGAUUCCGAUGCCUCUGCCCAAAAGGUUUUACAGGAUCACAUUGCAAUACAGGUAUUUAA